GACCGCCGCCUCGUCUCAGCCGUCUCCAGCGCCUCACACGGGCGGAAGAUGCCGUGAGACCCCCCCCCCCCCCCGCAGGCCCCGGACGGCACCUGGCUGGGAGCGAGGUGGAGGAACGGCGGACAACGGACGGCGGGUAAUGACGUGAUGGUUCCGGUGGUGGAGCGAGCAAAACGCGGCUGCCGGCGCCUUUAGUGACCGGAGCUGCAGAGGAGAGCACCGGACUCCGACUGUGUGUGGACCCGCGUGUGAAGGAGGACCCCGGGGGAAGUAGACGGUCUCCAACAGGUCCCGUGAAGGCUCAUUUACCGGAGCUGCAGGGCCGACCAUUCAAUUGCCGCGGGCCCCGAGGCUUUUUUUCCCAGGGGGCUUUGCAGCACUGGUGAGGAUGCCACACAACCCAGAUGCUGACUUCUACGGUUAAGGAGUUCCAGUGAGAGGAGGUCUUGAGGGUGACACUCCGCUGGCCUGUCAUGGUUUCCUACCUGUCACACUUCUCCAUCUCUGCAUCUCCCGCUGUCUUCUAAUGGUUUGAUGGAGAGCUGGUCGAAUGUCAGCGGGAACUAUCGUUAUAACCGGAGGAAUUCUCGCCGGAGUGAUACUGCUGUGCAUCGUAGCAGUGCUCUGUUACUGUAGACUCCAGUAUUACUGCUGUAAGAAAAAUGAUUCUGAGGUGGACGUGGGCUCCGUGGCGGGAGAGGACCCCCUCUCUCACUUUCCCUGCAACGCCUGCAACGCCCUCGCCAUGGACGGCGCCACCAUCACCCCCGUCUCCCUGGAUCAGCUGGACACGGGUUCCCACCACAGCCCCUGCCCCACCUGCUCGCCGCGCCCCAUCCACUCUGGACUCGCAGACGGAAUGCGUAACGGAGGGGAGCGGCUGGGCUUCCACACCUACUACGAGAACCCGUCCGUCUCUCUUCCUCUGUCCGCCAACCCGCAGGGAUCCUCUCCUCUGAGUUACUUCGGCCCUUCGGACCUGUUCCCUCCACCGCCGCGCCCCUACAGCACCGACGUCUGAUCUCUGCUGCACCGCCACACAGACAUAUAGAUGUACGUUCAUACACCUGAUACUUUCACACAUUCAGGUGACGGUUACAAAACAGCACAAUUACACUCACACACCCACAUUACCGCACACGCACACGCUCACUUCAGCCACAGAUUGAUACGAGGACUGUGAUCCACAGACUGAGCAGAGGCUCUGUGUGGGCAACAGAUCCACAGACCAGCAGAGGGCAGCGUGAAGUGCUGUUACAUCAGCAGGGGGGUGGUUAAUCAGCCUCACUCUGUUUAACGUGGGACUAAAACGUGUUGUUGCCGAUUGGAUCAUAAACGGGAUCCGGUCCACAUUCAGGUGUGGACGCACUGGUGCCGUCAUUCAGGUCACAGUGGUUAGGGACACGUGAAGGUGGUCAGAGACACGUGACCAUGCAUGUUCUCUAUAGUGCGAACACGAAAGGGCCCCACGCACAAGUCAUUGUUCCUUCUUCUCUUCACAAAAUCCAUGUUGAUGAUCAAUUACAGAUGAAUUCUGAAAAAAAAAUUGCAAAGUUUUUGCUGCCAUGAAAGUUCAUGUAAAAAAACUGCACUGUUUUUACAAACCAAAAGGAAUUGAGUUGCAAAUUAAAAUUAAAUUGAGCAAAAUCCCUUUUCCACAAAAAUUUCGCCCAUAAUCGUUUCGGUUACACUUAAUGUUAUUGCUUCAUAUUUUCUGAUUCAUUACCAAAUUAUUUCACAAUUGAAUCACAUGUUCUAGGGUGUCACAAUGUUUUUUUUGUGUGCUAAUUAUUAAGAAAAGUAGGAAUUUCCUCCCAAAGGAAAAAUGAAAGUGCAAAAAGUGUUCAAACAUUCCUCGGGAAAUAAGUGAAAAUGUUAAAAAGAAACGUCUCGCAAUGUUAAAAAAAAGUGUGUGUUAAAAUGACAUGCGUAAUAGGUUUGGGUGUUUUGUGUAAUCUUGCUAACAAACAAACAGACAAAUCAACAGACAAGCAGACAGGUGUAAAAACAUAAUCUGCUUGUCGGAGGUAAAAGGUGGAUUUUUACUUAUCCAAUAACAUUUUUUUACAGUUCUCUUUCCUUAUUUAAACGCAAAUAUCAGGAUAAACUCAACUUUUUGUCAUAUAGCCCAAUAUCACUAAUCCCAGGGUAGUAAGUAAGGGGCUCUUCCUCUCAAGAAGACAACCUGUAACAAAAUGCAGAGUCUAAAACAUGGAUCACCACCACUUCUUUAGAUUCCCCUCCUGUAUUGUUCCCCCCCUCCACUCCUCUGCUGCUUAAUAUACAUGAGGGCUAACAGUUCUUUCAACGAGGCGCUCGUUUGGAAAGAGGCAACUCGGCUCCAUCGGUAGUUUCUACUGUUGGCUGAGGAGAAGACUCCAAAGGAGAAACUCCCAAGUCUGAGCAUUUUCGUGAAUCAUGCAAUUAUCUGGAAGAGUCGAGUUUCAGUCUGCUGGUUAAAAAAAAGUCCUUUACUGCAGUGAGAAUUUAUUUUGCUUCUUCUUUCACUUCAGGUUUUAUGAAAUUAAGCUAGACCUGUGUCUUCCAUAGGAUUUGAUGGUAUUAAUAUCUUCAUGUUUACAGAUUGAGGUGGAUUAAAAGGAGAUUUGAGUCUUGUUUUAGGAAAGUGACAAAUAUUAAAGGUUCAUGUUUUUAUCUAAAUCCAUUAUAUCUGCUGUAGAGUGAGGAAACGCAGUGUUAUUCCACAGUAUAUGCCUGAAUCUAUAUAUUUCCAAGGGGUGUUGUAGUUUUUGUGAAGGGUGUCAGGGUUUAGAUGUGUUUAAGUAAGUGUGUAUCAAAUGUGAGUUUCUCCAUCUACUUCCCUCGUGGAUUGUGAGAGAAUGGAACAUUUACAUUUGGAAGUGAAAGUUUAAUUAUCCAACAUUGUUCUUUAACUAAGAUAAAUAUAUGAACACAAUUGUAUGAAAGAUUGUUGAUGAAAAGACAUAAAUAUAUUUAUUCACUGUAUUCUCACAAUGUUCCCACUGAGCUGUGAGCUACGAUUCUUUCCUCGCCUCCCAUUGUUGUGAAUAAGUUUGUGCUAAAUUACAGUAAAUAUGUAAAACGAAUUUUUGUUAAUUUAGAGUUGGAGGUUCACCACUUUGAUAUAUUCACACAGCACAUUUGGUUCCCUUUGUCUGGUGACAGGUUUAUUUCUAGCGGCCACCGGCUCUGUGUUGUUGUUGCACCACAGUGACCACAACAGAAUCAGAACUGACCCCUUUAUAUUUUCAGGUUCCUUGUUUUCUUCUGAUUGUUAAAAAAGUGUAUAUUUCAGAUUUGUCCGUGUGAAACUUUAAUACGUUUUGUUCUAACCUGAUACACAGAAGAAUCCACCAUGUUUCACAAAUGGUUCCUUGUUUUG